CAACCACACAAUCUACAACUGCACCACCUGAACCUUCUACUACAACUGAAGCACCAACUACAACCACAAAACCUACAACCCCACCAACUGAACCUACUACAACAACUGAAGCACCAACCACAACCACAAAACCUACAGCCCCACCAACUGAACCUACUACUACAACUGAAGGGCCAACCACUGUUUCCACAACUUCAACAUCAGUAGAAGUUGAAACUGGUCCCACAGAGCUUCCCCCAACGCAACCAUCAACUGGACAAGUUAUCAGCAACCUUACAACACCUGAAACUACGCCAACAACAGUAGUCACGGCGAGUGCCACUACAGAAUGCUUCUGUAUAGUUAAUGGCAAGCAUUAUAGGCCUGGGCAGUUCAUAUUUGACAAGGAACACAUUGGGUCAGGUGUAUGUCUCACAAUGAUAUGUUCUGACAUUUGUGAAAUUCGCAACAAGACUGAAGAUUGUUGGUCCACACCUGCCCCAACAACGAAACCUUCUGUACCUACUUGCCCUGAAUGGAAUGUAACACAAAAUGAGACCUUCUACUUGUGCAACUGCACCAUGGCCAGAUGCAUUGAGAACAAUACAAUUGAAAUAAUUCCAUAUGAAUGUCCACCCCUUGAGAACAUCACUUGUACCAAUGGAAAGAAACCAGUUCUUGUGUAUGAUUCCUACCACUGCUGCCAACAUUAUGCUUGUGACUGUGUAUGUGAAGGCUGGGGAGAUCCUCAUUACAUCACAUUUGAUGGAUUGUACUACAGUUAUCAAGGAAACUGUACUUAUGUCUUGUUUGAAGAGAGAUUACCAAUUUAUAACUUGAAAAUUUAUAUUGACAAUGUCUAUUGUGAUCCCACUGAAGAUGUGUCUUGUCCACGAUCAAUAAUUAUUUCAUAUGGAUUGCAAGUUAUCACCCUCAUGAAUCAUAACCUUAUUGGAGCAGCCCAGUUAGAGGCACUAAAAGAUGGAGUCCGUUUGAGGCUACCUUAUUCAAAAGGCGGUGUUAAGGUCUUGGAUUCUGGCAUUAACUUGAUUUUGGAGAUCCCUCAUCUAAAAGUGGUCAUUACAUUUGGAAUCACUGGCUUUAGUGUCACCCUUCCAUAUCAACACUUUGGCAAAAACACACAGGGCCAUUGUGGAACAUGCAAUAACAACCAGGAGGAUGACUGCAUGUUGCCUGGAGGCCAGCUGGUGGGAAAUUGUGCUGUGAUGGCUGACUAUUGGCCUGCAAAACACAUUUACCAACCCAACUGCGAGAUACCAUCUGUACUGCCCACCAGUCCACCUGAACCUCCACCAACCUUUGUUCCAUGCAGUCCCGACUCCAUGUGUGAUAUGCUUAAGAGCAGUGUAUUUGCAGAAUGCCAUCCCUUUGUCUCUCCUGACAAAUUCUACCAAGGUUGUGUUUUUGAUAGCUGCCAUGUUUCCAACCCAGUAGUAGAGUGCACAAGUUUGCAGACUUAUGCUGCUGCCUGUGCUCAGGCUGGAGUUUGUCUUCACUGGAGGAACCACACCAAACUGUGUGCAAUUGACUGCCCAUCAAACAAAGUUUACAAGCCAUGUGGUCCUGUAGAACAACCGACCUGUGAAGACAAUCCUAAUGAACCAUCGAUGACCUACACUACCGAGGGCUGCUUUUGUCCUGAGGGAAUGAAACUCUUCAACAAAGAGUCUGGUAUAUGUGUUGAUAAGUGUGGAUGUCUUGAUCCUGAGGGCAUUCCUCGUGAGUUUAAUGAGAUGUUUGAGUACAAAUGCCAAAAUUGCAUCUGUGAGGAGUCCACCAAGACUGUGACAUGCAAGCCGAAGGUGUGCCCAACACCACCUCUAACAAACUGCACUGGUCCAGGGUUUGUGCUUGUCAACCAAACUAAUCCAUCAGACCGCUGCUGUACUACCUUUGUUUGCAAAUGUCAAAGCAACGCUUGCCCAUACAGCAACAUGAACUGUCCGGUUGGAUAUAUACCAGUUGUCAGUGUCCCUGAGGGAAAAUGCUGUCCAGAACAUAAAUGUGAGCCUAAAAGAGUUUGUGUCCACAAGAAUGUGGAAUACCAGCCUGGUUCUUUAGUUCCUGGGAAUGUUUGUCAGGAUUGUACCUGUACAAAUAAGGUCGACCCCAGUAAUGGCCUAUUCCAGAUAUCUUGUGAGUUUCAGCAAUGUCAAGAAAACUGUGACAUGGGAUAUCAAUACAUGCAAACUAAUUUUGAUGAAUGCUGUGGGAAGUGUGUACAGACACACUGUGUCCUCAAUGUUAAUGGUACCAAGCAGCUCUUGGAGCUAGGACACACCUGGUCACCACCUGAGAGUAAGUGUGAGCAUCACACCUGUAUUAAGACCGGUGAGAUUUUAGUAACAGUCAGUUCACAUAUUGUCUGCCCGCCAUUCCAGCAGAGCAACUGCCAACCUGACACAAUUCAGACUGCAGCAAAUGGCUGUUGUAAAAUAUGUGUGGAGAGGGAGAAGGGCUGCAAGGUACUAUCCAUGAAAACCCGCAUUACACACAAGAACUGUCAGUCUUACCAGGAGAUCGAAAUGCCGUAUUGUGAAGGAUCCUGCAACACUUUCACCAAGUACUCUGAAGCAGCAGCUUCUGUGCUGCAUUCUUGCUCCUGCUGUAAGGAGACACGCACCAGCAAUCGCACUGUUGACUUGCACUGCUUGAAUGGAGAUGUGGUUCCCUACACAUACACCCAUGUGGAGGAGUGCGGCUGUGGGGACACAGACUGCACCAGACCGGCUGGACAACCUGCUCGCAGGAGGCGAAGCUUCACACUGGUGUGAUAAAGAAAUAUGUAACAUUAAUGGAUGUGGGAUGUAAAUGUUUCUUCCCACAUUGUCUUAUCAAUCAUUACAUCUCUUACAAAGUAAUUACCAUUGUAAAGAGAUUAUUUAUCAAUUCAAAUAAAAAUAUGCAACUCUG